AUGCGACAAUCAUAUAAUACUUCUUUACCUGUAAUUCAAAGCAGAGAUGACGUAUUAUUUAAAAGUGAUAUUUUAAAAGAAGAGAAAAAGGACGACGAUUCCGGUUUCUCAUAUUCAUCCUUAAGCAGUAACCAGUCUCAUUCUAAUAAUGGAGAUAAAGCUAUAAAUCCUCAUUACAAUGAACAAGAAAAAAAGCUAGUUAGAAAAUUAGAUUUACGUAUUAUGCCAUUAUUUUGUUUAUUUUAUUUUGCAGAUAUUCUGGACCGAGCUAACAUUGGAAAUGCCACACUGGCAGGCCUUCAGACUGAUUUAAAGAUGUCUUCAUCUGAACUUAGUACUACAAUUUCAGCGUUCUUUAUAACCUAUAUUAUUUUUGAAAUACCUUCCAAUAUUAUUCUAAAGAAAGUAAAUGCUGCAAAAUGGCUAUCUUUUAUCAUGCUCGUUUGGGGUUUAGCUACUUUAUUAGCAGCUUUUGUUACUAAUUUUACAGGACUACUGAUUGUUAGACUUAUUUUAGGAGCUGCAGAAAGUGGGUAUAUUCCUGGUAUUUUAUUCUUGAUGUCACAGUUUUAUACACCAAAGGAGUAUGGUUUUCGUGUAAGUAUUUUAUUAACCAUGGCUACUCUUUCCGGUCUAUUAUCUGGACCCCUUAUGUAUGCGAUGUCUUACUUUGACGGCAAACAUGGUCUUCAUGACUGGCAAUAUUUAUUUAUAUUUGAGGGCAUACCUACCAUACUACUUUCAUUUAUAUCUUAUAUAUUCUUGUUUGAUGAUCUUCAGAAAGUCAAAUGGUUAUCUGAUGAACAAAAACUACUCCAAACUAUUAGAAUGACUACACAUCAAAAACUAGAUCUUCAAGCGGUAAACUCUACUGUCAAUCUAACUACAUUUAAAAUUGUACUAUUCGAUUGGAAAACGUGGGCAUUUGCAUUCGUUUUUUUAUUGAACUCUAUCAAUAUGACAAGUAUUACUGUAUUUGCACCAACAUUAAUUGAUGGGUUUGGCUUUACAACAUUAAAUUCUCAAUUAUUGACAGCACCACCUUGUGCGGUCGCUACUGUUAGUGUUUUAUUAGGUGGAUAUUUAACAGGACGGUAUAAUAAAAGAUCUCCCUUAUUAUUUGCAGGCUCCAUUAUUAUAGCUAUUGGUUAUCUAUGCCUUUUAAUUCUUCGAGAUAAACUGGCAUUAUACGGGACUUUAUUUUUAAUCCCCACGGGGAUUGGUAUACAAGCUGCUGCUGCUAUUGGAUGGUCUGCUAUAAAUUAUCCUGAUUUAACUGUUCGAGCUAUUGCAGUAGCCUUUGUACUUAUGAUAGGAAACCUUGUUUUUGGCCUAGUAUUCAAUUUAGUAACAGCACUUAUCUCUGCUUUCUUGUCAUCUAUGACUGGCUUUUUAUUAUACAGAGAAAACUGCCGUCUUAGUAAACAUCCCAAUGAAAAAGAACAUUUCAGAUACUUUUAUUAA